CGACGCAGGAGCAGUCUGCAGACCUUGUUAUCCACACUGUCUUGACAGGCUACGCACUUUUUUUUUUUUUUUUUUUACGUAUUUAUCUCUUAUUCUCUUUUUUCCCCCCCAUUUCAAUGCCGCCUCUCCCUUUUUCAGCCACGGGUCUCAUCGUCGCCACGGACACUGAUGACACUUCCUAAAAGAGAGAAAGAGAGAGAGAGACACUGCAGCACCGCGGACGCACUCUGCGACGGAGACGGUCACUCCACGGCCCCUAAAUGUAUUGCACCGUGCAAAGGCUGUGGAGCCUCGGUCUUGUGAAUGCAUACAAGCAGCAAAUGACUUGAUAAACAUGGGAAAUAAGCAGACUAUUUUUACAGACGAACAACUUGAUGCCUACCAGGAUUGUACUUUUUUCACACGCAAAGAAAUCUUGCGGUUGCAUGGUAGAUACCAUGAAUUGGCUCCUCAUCUUGUGCCAAUGGACUACACGAAAGACCCUGAUUGUAAAUUACCUCUAGCGUUGAUAGUCAACAUGCCCGAGUUAAAGGAAAAUCCAUUCCGUAACAGGAUUGUUGAGUCUUUCUCAGAGGACGGGAUGGGGAAUCUCAGCUUCAAUGAAUUUGUGGAUAUGUUCUCAGUCCUCAGUGAAAUGGCUCCGCGGGAACUGAAGGCCAUUUACGCCUUCAAAAUAUACGAUUUUAAUGUGGAUAAUUACCUUUGUAAAGAGGACCUGGAAAAAACUCUGAACAAGCUCACAAAGGAGGAGUUGACGGCAGAGGAGGUGCAGCUCGUGUGUGAGAAGGCCAUCGAAGAGGCUGAUUUGGAUGGAGACAAUAAACUCUCCUUUGCUGAUUUUGAAAAUAUGAUAUCAAGGGCUCCUGAUUUCUUAAGUACUUUCCACAUACGAAUCUGAGAGGGCUCCACGGAGAAGCUGAGCACAGUGCCUGUCUGCUACUCUAAAUCAUCCCGUCUGUCCCCUCCAGCUUCUGCUGCCCUCGCCUCUGCGACGUGUGCCCAGAUAGAGUGCAAAACACUGGAUGGUGUGGAAUUCUCAGGAUGUUGGAUGUUUUACCAGACGAACCCAUUUGAUCACACUUGUUAAAUCUGCACCAAUGAAAGGGCUCGGCCUGGGUUGCUCUGAAUGAAUGAAUGAAUGAAUGAAUGGACUCCUUGAAGAGGAAAUGAAGCGAGACUUGCAAGAAUCUGACUUUGGAUUUCGUGGAUUUCGGGCUUUAUGGCACAUCUAAUAAUGCAUAAAAAGUCAAUCUACCUAUAUUGCACACGUCAUAAACCCCCUCCCAGUCUUCCCAGAUAUUCUGUAUCUAUUGAAUGACUGUAUAGCAUAUCAUUAAGGGCAUAAAUGAGUUAUAUGCACUAUUUGUAAAUGCAUGGUAAACUUCUGGCUCCUUUGCAGUGUAUUGCUGUUUUGAUGGUAUGGUUUUGCUUGUGGAACUAUCACAUAAUGACAAUCACGUUUUAAUUUUCUCCAGCUGAUUGAAGGGCUAGCUUCCAUUUUCUGCCUUGGCCAUUACCAUGAGGUGUUCCUUAAAGCCCUUUUUGAAUAGACAUUUUUCAAAUUUUACAUGGAUUGCAUUAUUUUGAAUAAAUGUCUU